AUGCACUUUAUCAGAAAUCAAGAACAAAAAUAGUCUUAUAAGCAAAAAAUAAAAACUAAAAAUAAGGCAAAGAUAUUUACAGCUAUUUUAUUUGGGCAUUUCAAUUAUGUUUUUCUUUAAAUCUGUUAUUAAUGCUUAAUCUAUAUUAAGAUUUAGAAGUAUUUUUCUCUCCUCUCGAGGAUUCANAAAAACUAUCUAAUUAACUUAGAAAAAUCGGUUACUUUAGUUUUAUCUAUACUACAGCUAUAUCAGAUUGAUAAACUUACAACCAUUCUAGGAUUUUAGGAAGAGUAACCUCUCUUAUUUUUAGAAUUUUUGAGUAUCAGUUAUUGUGUUUACUACAUGUAUAUGGGAUGGAAUUAUUCACUGGUACCAAUGAAAUAGAGGACAUUAAUAACUUUUCAAAUAAUUCAAACUUUGGCUUUUUGA